CUCCACACAAACUAAGAAAAAAAAAAGUUCCUACCCCACGUCUGCUUCCUUCAUUGCCAGACCGGGUUAUCGAUACCAAUACAAUGUGCGAAGUAUAAAAAGGAACACAUCGUGGCACUUUUCUUCUUUUUUCUUCAGAUUCAUAUCUCCACUUGAUCCCCCAUACACCCUUCCCCUCUUCCCACUCCUUCCGCCCCAAACAUGAAGUUCUCCUUGAAGGCCGUUGCCUUGGGCGCCCUGCUCGCCACAACCAUUGCUGCUGCUCCUGUUGAUGUUGAAAAACGCGAUGCAGCCUCAGAUCGUAUCGGUGCUUGCUUUGUCGGCCUCAUCUUCACUGGUGCCUGGCCCGGUAGCUGCCAAGCUGCUGUCGCUGUCAACCUUGGCUUGAUUCGCAGCAUUGCUGUCAACCAAAUGUCCAUGGACUUUACUCCUGCCAACCCCUGGGCUCCUACGACCUCGUCCAACAGCAUUGUUGCCACGAUGAUUUCCAUCCCCGGUAUCACCCUUCCCAUCGACUCGGUCCGCCAGCACAUCAUCAUCGCUGAUAAUGGCGUCCAGAUUGGUAACAUUGAUACCCCUUGGAGUGCCGCCAGCGUCAAGGGAGGCCAGUUGAGCACAUCCUUCACGAAAUCGACCUUGAACGUCUUCCCGAACUCGCAUGCCGCCUUCUCCAGCUUCAUCAGCUCCAUUUCGACCAAGGCCUCCCACCCUGUGACUCUCCAGGGCUCCGUGGACGCGAAGUUGAACCUCGGAAUCUUUGGUCACCUCACGAUCCCUGGCAUCGGUUUCAAGGCCACUACGCCCUUUGCGGGACUGAACGGCCUCAGCAAUACUAAAUACGUCUAUCUGAUCGACGUUCUUCUGGGUGAAAAAUUCGUCGACCUGACCUCGGUCAUCAACAUCAACAACCCAAGCAAGCUCACCCUGUCGCUCGGUGAUGUUCAGUUCAGCACUGCCUCCGACAAGGGUUUCGUUGGUAUCUCAACUGUCAGGAACCUGGUCCUCGUUCCCGGCGACAACUACGUCCUUUCAUACACCGCCUUGGACAACUCCGUCCAGGCCGCAAACGACUUCAUGUACGAUAUCCUGUUCGCCGCCUCCUCUCUCUACAUGAGCGGCUACAAGGACACCUCUGCCAAUGUUGCCCUGAACGCCGGUCUUGCCGUUGUCAAGACCUCCUUGGUCAUCCCUGAAAACUUCCAAGGCUUGACCACGUCCCAGCCUCCAUACAAGGACUGGUCUGUCAAGAUCCUGCCCACGACUAAGACCGACAAGCUUAUCGAGAUCACUGCCACGUUCCAGUCGCCCUACUAUGGUCACGCUAUCAAUAUGGUCUUCGAUAACGAGGCUGGCAUGGAUAACUACGCCACCAUCACUGCUGCUAUUCCUAGCGUUGCGGAUAUGCGCUUCUUCAGCUUCCAGAACUAUGCCAAGUUCUCGGUUUCCGGCAAGGACACCGUCAAGGUCAGCUUCAAGGCGGCAAUGCCCGGUCCCUUCACUGCUGAUGUCAGGAACAAAUGGCAACAGUUGGUCAACUAUGGAAAGACCAACGGCCACAUCCCAAUUGACUUCAUGUGGCUCCCUACCAUCAACCUCGACAACGACGGCAUCGGACACCAGGUCGACUGGUCCAACCAGUUCUUGGGUCUCGGUGAGGUUAAGGUUGCAGUCGGCUCUGACUUUGCUUCGGUCCUUGACGCGUACCCUACUGCUUAAAGACGACUCUCCCUUAAUUUGCAAACGUAAUAUUCGCAUGCACACAUUCAACUAUUUCGCCCAUCCCCCUUUAGUUCCUCUAUCUAUAAUUGUUAGAGGUAGCAUAGCAAUAAAAACCACUUUUACCAAGC